CAGUAGAUGGAAUACUGAUUUAUCGUCUCCUAAGUAGACGAAAAGUAUAGUAAUCGAUGCCUUGAGCUCCUUUUCAAGCGGCUAAAUAUGUUACUCAAUUUGCCUUUUUCAUCCAUAUGACCCACUAGCGUCACUGCCUACUACUGAAACCAGCUCAGUGGAUGCAAGUUUACUACCGCGUGUACUUGGUCUGAAUUACACCGGCUCUAGUGCUAUCGUUCUUUGCUCCUUUCUAGAAAAGCUGUUUAACCGGUCAACAGCGAGAGUGAAAAAGCGGGUACCGUUUAUAGUGCAUUUUAUUGCUUUCUAUGCGAAAUGCAAUAUUGAUCCCGCCCAGACACUAGGCUAAUGCAGUUAGCCAUCUGAUGCUGGAUGCAGUUCUAUAGCAAACGUUGGCCAGUACGGUCCAUAGAAAGGAAACGCGCGUAGUUCGUACAAAAAAGGAUGCGUACUGUUUGACGGAAUGCGUGCGGAAUUUAUAAUUUUAGCUUGAAGAAACAAUACAACAGAACGAAAAAUGAUGCUCGUGACGGUGUUACUCGCCUUAUCGGUUAUCUGUCAGACGAUGGUUGAAUGCUCAAUCGGUGGUAGCGCGAAUUUGACCAUUGGGAAUUACGUAGAUUUCACCCGCUUCUGGGGUAUUCACUAUGGAGAGCCAAGGUUACGGAAGAGCUACGAUUUCAUUAUUGUAGGAGCCGGCCCUGCCGGAUCAGUACUAGCAAAUCGACUGACCGAAGAUCCAACGGUGACUGUUUUGCUGCUCGAAGCGGGGAAGGGAGAACUCCCCAUAUUCACUGAUAUCCCGCUAGCGGCUCCCAAUCUGCAAGCGACGGAUUACAACUUUGCCUACGAAAGUGAGGUGCAAACCAUCGGAUGCCAGGGAUUGCGUGAUAGGAAGUGCAGCUGGCCGCAUGGUCGUGGUGUGGGAGGCUCCUCGAUUAUCAACUAUAUGAUUUAUACUAGAGGCAACCGACGGGAUUACGACGGCUGGGCUCGAGCGGGAAAUCCUGGCUGGAGCUGGGAAGAAAUUCUGCCGUAUCACAUCAAAGCCGAGCGCGCUAAUAUCCGGGAUUUUGACGAUAACGGAUUUCACGGUAAACGGGGUCCUCUGUCCGUCGAAGAUUGCCCGUUCAGGUCGAAAGUUUCGCAUGCGUUUGUGCGGAGUGCCCAGCAAGCCGGCUAUCGUUACCUGGAUUACAACGCUGGUGAACACAUUGGGGUAUCCUAUCUGCAGGCAAACACCGAACGAGGGUUUCGGGUGACUAGCGGCACCGCAUAUCUGACUGAUGUAGUGAAUCGCAAAAAUCUGCACAUCCUUACCAAAGCAUGGGUCACAAAGUUACUAAUUGAUCCUGAAAGCAAAGAAACAAAAGGAGUACUAUUCACACACAACAAAGAAUACAUCACGGUAAAAGCAAAACAAGAAGUAAUUCUUUCAGCUGGCGCCUUUGAAAGUGCCAAACUGUUGAUGCUUUCAGGCAUAGGACCGUAUCAUCAUCUUAGUGAGCUCGGAAUCCCGCUUAUCGCAGAUUUGCCGGUUGGGGAAAUCCUUUACGAGCACCCAGGCGUGUUUGGUCCCAUUUACCUCGUAAAAGCCCCGAUUGAUAAUUUCAUUCAACUAGACGACAACAUAAACUUGAGGAAUAUUAUUAAAUUGCUCAACGGGCGCGGGGUCUUCACAACCAAUUCCGUUGAGAGCCUGAUGUAUGUGAAGACACCUUUCGCGGCUAGCCCCGAUCCUGGUCUGCCGGACGUCGAAAUCAUGCAAGCGUUUACUUCGGUAGACUUUGAUUCAGGUCCAGGGACUGCCUUAGCGUUCCGGUUAUCCAACGAAACAUAUGACGGUUAUUUCCGACCCAUCCGAAACAUACGCUCCUUCCAGUACCUACCGAUGCUGCUGAAACCACGUUCCCGUGGCAAGCUGCGGCUGAAAUCGCAAAACCCGUUCCAGCAUCCCCGCUUUGAUUUUCAGUACUUCACGGAUGAUCGUGAUAUUGAGGCACUGGUUUACGGCAUACGGGAGGCGAUUCGCGUAACUUCACAGCAGGCAUUCCGCAAGCUCGGUGUAGAACUCUAUUCGCGCCAAGUGCCAGGCUGCGAGCAGUACCAAUUCAACACGCACGAAUACUGGCGAUGCCAUGUGCGCACUCUGACAGCCACUUUCCACCACCAGGUCGGCACCUGCAAAAUGGGUCCCGCUAGCGACCCGGAAGCGGUGGUUGAUUCCAGACUUCAAGUGUACGGCGUCUCUCGCCUCCGCGUGGUGGAUAUCGGAAUCGUCCCGGAACCUCCGGCCGCACACACAGCCGCGGUUAGUUUCGUGAUAGGCGAGAAAGCUGCUGACAUGAUUAAGCAGGAUUUGGCUCUGGGUACUAUUGGCAAACGGGUGGAAAAAUUGCCGGCACCAUACUGGGAAGCGGAUGUAGCGGCAGCGGGUGCAAACGAUCAGUACCUGUAUGAAUUUGGUUCGCUGAAUGAAGAUGAUUUUUUUGGUUUUACGAGGUUCAAACGAUCGACGAAUGUGUCCCAAAAUAGGUGGAGGUGAAAUUUUAUUAUGAAGUGCUCAAGAAUAACAUUACGCUUAUUGUGUUCAUGUGACAAAAAGUCAAAAGAAAACAGUUUGUAUUAUAUGAUCUCAAAAUAGAGUGUUCAGUUGGAGGUGGAAAGAAAUAAAUUUCGGUCCGUUUUAGAUUCUUGUAUAACUCCAAGCUUCUCAUAAAUAACAUUUAUUACCAUAACAACUGAUUUCUGAUGAAAUAUUAUAUAUAUGCUCUCUUCUAACAAACAUAUGUUAACUUUUAGUUUAGAACUAAUCUUUUGUUAUAUAAAUUAUUUAUUAUUUAUAGUUUUACAGAAAUACUUUUCAGUUUUUAAUACUUGCUAAUUCAUAUUCUAGGAUUUUUGCGUAUAUUAGGUUCAAUUGAGUGUUGUGUUCAGUAUAGAGACAAUAUAGAUGGACAGGUUUUAUGUUUUGGAAUUUGUAUUGCAUUGCUACCCAGUUAGGCUUCUAUUGUCACCGGUUUUGAAUUUGCGUGUCGUUGUUAUCUUUGGUUGUUUGUUGACAGUCGUCUCCCACAAAUAGAUUUCGGUCUC